AUGGCAUCGUCUCAACAGCAGUCGACACCAGCAAAUGCGCAGCCGACGCUUCCACAAUCUCCUUCCGGAGCGAUUCCAACACCACCACCACCACAAGCUGCGCUGGAUUACGUUGCUGAGCUGUUAAGCUCUGGCAUAAACCCGCAUAUUACAGCUGCCGACAAGCUUCACAAAGGAAAUAGGUAUGCGCCCGAUGACGUAGCUUAUCUGUACAAAGCAAUGCAAGACCAAGGCGUGCUCCUAGAUCACCUUUACCUCGCUCCCGGGAUGACGGUCAUGGUUACCAAGAACCUGUCGGCCUCAAAAAUCGAAAACGGUGCUUUAGCUAUCGUGCAAGAAAUCACCGAAUCCAUGCUGUCACUCCAGCUUUUGGACUCACAAACCAUUCGCCUGCCAAGGAUAUGCGAGGUCAAUUACAAGAAUGGGGCUGAGCUUGAACGCAAAAUGUUCCCGGUCGUGCCUGCUUUUGCAAGAACUGUACACAAGGUCACCGACAGCAGAGAAAUCGGACAAGAGACCCGACACGACAAACAAGAAAGUAAAGGCCACUUCCGAGCCAACGGGCACAACGGCCAACAGCUCAAAAGUAGCCACACAUCACCCGCAUUAAAGGCCAACCCAAAUGGAAGCCGACAGAGCUAG